GAGAGCGCCUUUAAGAAGUAGGGAGGAUUGAACAGUAAUGUCGGGGUUGCAUUAUUCUUUUACUGAAAAGGAAAGGGUAGAUAAAGUGCUUUCCCUCCACUGCCUCUUCCCUCACUUGUCGGAGGGACUAGAGGCACAGGCUGAGCAGGGACCUUAGACACGGCAGGUUUAAUUUGAAAUGUGCCAGUAGAAGAAAAAUGUGUUCUUUUAACUGGGAUAUUCUCUUCUUUCUGAAAUUUGUUAGUCUAUGUAUAAUGCUUGAAUUUUUAUAUGCACAGAACACAUGUCCUGAGAUCUCGCAACAGCUUUUGAAAUAUGGCUUUCAUAGAGAUCUCUUGAUUAGGGUAGAUUUGGGUAUAGUUGAUAAAGAUCUUGAAAGCUGCAGGCUGGCAGUUAAAGUACAUCUUCCAAGAGGAUUAUAUGUGGAUCCCUAUGAAUUGAAAUCUUUACAACAGCAUAAUCUCACUGAGGCACUGGUGAUUGCAGAUGAAGUAGAUUUGGAAGUUCCUGAAUAUUUAGCAACUGAUUCUUCUGUCCUCGUUUAUAUGAAACCUGAUCCUGAGUGUAUUACCUGUUUUAAAGCGUUAUUACCACUGCACUGCCGGUAUUACCGACCGUCAGAAAGUAAUGGAAAAAUCCCUGUUGUCUUGCAGAGUCCAGAAAUAAUGAUCCAUUGCCAAAAAUCUGUUUUUUCAGUGAACUGUCUGAAAGAAACUGAAACAGAAGCUCCAUGUUCCCAGAAUAAUCUAGCUGUAUGUCAUUGGAAGAACAUGAAAUACAAAAUGCUAAGUAAAGAAUUGGAACUGCAGGUACCAGUUGGACUCAAACAUCAUCUUCCCUUGGUUUGUGCAAUAACACUUAUUACCACAGGACUAUGUUCUUGUUUUAUCCUUUCAGCUUUAUGCAGAUAUGGGCCCAUUCAUUGUUCAAUGCGACAUUAAACAAGCUUUUAUUAUUGAAAUCAUGGAAAGGCUGUCAAACUGUCCAAACUAGAGAUAAGAAAAGAGCAAGCUAGAUCAUGUACCAAAAGCUAGGAUUGAUACUUGGUGACACAUAACUUGCCCUUUUUCAUGAUGAGUUAUUCCCAACUUGGCCUUUUGGGUCUCUCAAUAGCUCAUUCAUCACUAUUGUAAUAAAGUUAUCCUCUUUGCUUCCACUUUUCCCAACUUUAUGGACAAUUCAAUUAAUAUGACCAAAAUAUAAUUU